ACCAGAAAACUAGUGUCAUUGUGCUUCAAGCUGUUUCGAAUAUGAUUUUGCUUCAACAUUCGAGAACGUUCUAAGGUGUACUAAAAGAAUGUGACGGUUUGCAGCGCAUUAUGUCCGCAUGCGGCAUAACAGAAAUGCAACAAACUUCGUGUGGUGGAUUAUACGGUGAUCUUGAGGAAUACUUGAGUGAAGUUGAGCGACGAGCCCAGCGAACGGCCAAUGACGGUGAUGAUGUUUAUGCUCAGCUGGUGCAGAGAGAAAAAGAUCUGGUGUUGGCAGCAGAGUUGGGGAAAGCCCUUCUCGAAAAAAAUGAACAAAUCAGCAGAGCUAAUGAAAGGCUGGCUGAGGAAUACUCACAUAAGUUAGAGGUAAGACCUCUUUGACUGAUGUAUAUGAAACACUUCUGUAUAGUAUGUAUGAUCUGUGAAUUUUUGUUCUCACGUGAAGUCAGUAACGCUAUCUAUAUGUUGUUCAUAUAAUUUUCAAAUUAUAAGAAAAAAU